GCUGAGCAAGGGAUCCUCAGCCCGCGGGUGCCCGUUACCCGUUUUCUGCUGUUGCCCCGGGUCCCGCACGGUGGGAACCGCGCUGCAGACCCGGGUGCGGGGGACACGGCGGGCGCCGCGGGGACCUGGAGACUCCGGAGCCGCAGUGUCCGCGCGGGGCGGCCUGGGAAAGUCAGCGUCAGCAGCAGCGCAGUGGCGGGAACCGCAGCCCGGCGGCCCUGGAACCUCCCAGGGCUCAUUGGUCACCCAGACCUGCUCACCUGUGGAGCUCAACAAAGGGGCCUGGAAGAUGGAGGAGGAAGAGACAGUGACUAAGGAUCCAGGGAAGCAAGCCAUCUAUUCCUUGUUCCUGAAAGAGAAACUCAAAGAAGAGAAACAGAAAGAAAUGGCUGAUUCUCCAAUUAAUCUGUUCCAGGGUCUGCUGACAUUCAGGGAUAUAGCAGUGGACUUCUCCCAGGAGGAGUGGGAAUGCCUGGACUCUGCUCAGAGGGCUUUGUACAUUGAUGUGAUGUCUGAGAAUUACAACAACCUGAUCUAUGUAGAGAACUAUUACAAAUAUGAUCCUGUCCAUCACCAUGUGAAGACUGAAAAGGAGUCUUGUCAGUGUGAUGAGCUUGACAAAGUGCUUCAUGACCCCUCCACAUGGGCACUUCAUAGAACAAGUGAAACUCCAGAAAACACUAAUAACUACACAUGCAGUGGUCACAGGGAUGCCUCUGUUGACUCACCAAACCCAGACAGACAUGAAAGCAUUCACACUGGAGAAGAACCUUGCCAAUCUAAAGAUUGUGAGAAAUCUUUACAUUUGUGUUCCAACAUUACUCAAGAUCAGAGAGUCUACACUGCAGAGAAAGAGCACAGACAGGGAGAAUAUGAUAACUAUUUUGUGUCUACAAACAAUCUUGUGCAACAACCAAUCCACAUUGGAGAGAAACCACACCAAUGUGAAAAAUGUGGGAAAUACUUCAGUACUGCCUCAAGCCUCACUGAACAUCAGAGAAUUCAUACUGGAGAGAAACCUUAUAAAUGUGAGAACUGUGACAAAUGCUUUACUGUGAAGUCAACUCUUACAAAGCAUCAAAGAAUUCAUACUGGAGAGAAACCCUACAAGUGCAACGUUUGUGACAAAUCCUUCACCCAGUACUCAAGUCUGAAAACACAUCAAAGACUCCAUACUGGAGAGAAGCCUUACAAAUGCAGUGAGUGUGACAGAUCCUUUACCCACUAUUCGUCAUUUAGAAGACAUCAGAAAACUCAUUCUCUAGAGGAAUUGUACAAAUGCAAAGAAUGUGGUAAGUCCUUUCUUGAAGUAUCACAUCUUAAAAGGCAUUACAGAAUCCAUACUGGAGAGAAGCCUUACAAAUGUGAGGUAUGUGACAAAUACUUUAAUAUGUCAUCAAAUCUUAGAAAUCAUCAGAAAAUUCAUACUGGAGAGAAACUCUACAAAUGUGGAGAAUGUGACAAAUCCUUUAGCCUUGACUCGUAUCUUAGAAUACAUCAGAGAAUUCAUACCGGGGAGAGACCUUACAGAUGCAGAGAUUGUGGAAAGUCAUUUCUUCAGUUGUCAGCACUUAAACGCCAUCAGAAAAUUCAUACUAGAGAGAAACUUUACAGAGAUAGGAAAUGUGACAAAUCCUUUCCUGAGGACUCACAUCUUAGAACACAUCAGAGAGUUCAUUCUGGGGAGAAAAUUUACAGAUGUAAAGAAUGUGACAAGUCUUUUACUGAGUGCUCAACUCUUAGACAACAUCAGAAAAUGCAUACUGGAGAGAGACCUUACAAAUGUAUGGAAUGUGACAAGUCCUUUACCCUUAACUCAUAUCUUAGAACACAUCAAAAAGUUCAUACUGGAGAAAGACCAUACAAAUGCAAAGAAUGUGACAUGUCCUUUAUCCGAAUAUUUAAUCUUAAAAGACAUCAGAAAAUUCAUAGUGGUGAGAAAAAAUACCAUUGCAAAUAAUAUGAUAUAGCUUUUUUUUUUUCUUUGAGACAGGGUUUCUCUGUAUUUUGGAGGCUGUCCUGGAACUCGCUCUGUAGACCAGCCUGGCCUCGAACUCACAGAGAUCCGCCUGCCUCUGCCUUUUGAGUGCUGGGAUUAAAGGUAUGCACCACCAACGCCCAGCUAAUACCAUAUAGCUUUUAGCUUUAACUGCAGGUCUCUGCUUAGAAAUCACAACAAUAGAAACAAAGAUAAGGAACUUGUGAAUGCCUUAAAUGUUAAAUUUCACAGAAUUUAUAUGAAAAUAACAUCAGCAAAAGUAACUAGGAAAGGUUUUUGGAGGGUGUGUUUCUAUGAUUGCACUGUAUGUGAGUAUUUCUGUGCACUGGAGAGGCCAAAAAUGCUUAUCAGAUUUCCCUAAAUCUGGAUUAACAGAAAAUUGUGUGCUGGUAUGCAUGUUUGGAAUUGAACCCAGGUCCUCUGGAAGAGUAGACAUUGCUCUUAGCCACUAAGCCAUAUAUCUCCAGCGCCUUGGAAAAGCUGUAAUGAAAACAUUUAUCCUGUUCAACAUGUAAUGAUUCAUAGUAAUGAUGAGCGAGGUGGCAGGAGCCUUUAAUAUAAUCCCUCAGGAGGCAAAGCCAGGAAGAUCUCCUUGAGUCAGAGGUCAUCCUGGUCUACAUAAGUGAGUUGCUAGCAAUAAGCAACAACAAAAUAUGAGGACAAAAUGUUGUAACAUAAAAAAUGUGACAAAAAACACUAAUUUUGAUGUGCAUCACAAAAUAUAUAGUUCUGAGAAACUAUAUAAAGGUAUAUCAUAUAUAA